AUGACUUCGACUGAGCGAGAUGCUUUCCUGAACGAAUCAUUUCCCGUUGACUUCCAAUGGGCCUCCUCCAGCGAGUCCUUCAAGGUGGAGGGAGGCUGGGCAGAAGAUGGGAAGGGGGAGUCCAUUUGGGACCGUUUUGGUCAUGAUGGCCUGGUCUUUGCCAAUCAGACCGCUGAUCUCGCUUGUGACAGUUACCACAAGGUGGAUUAGGAUGUCUACCUCCUGCGAGGUCUUCAUGUUAACACCUACCAGUUUUCCAUCUCUUGGGCUCGUAUUUUCCCUUCGGGCCACCGGGGCAGUCAGUCGGAGAAAGGUGCUCUCUACUAUGACAAGCUGAUCAAUGCUCUCAUUGAUUCUGGUAUACAACCUGUUGUCAUUCUCUACCACUGGGAUCUGCCCCAGGCCCCCCAGGACUGUGGUGGAUGGACCAACGCUUCCAUUGUUGAAGCCUUCAAAGACUACGCAGAUUUCUGCUUCUCCAGGUUCGGAGUCAAGACCUGGAACACUUUCAGUAGCCCCUGGGUGGUGAGCCAUGCUGGGUACAGCACUGGUGAGCAUGCCCCAGGAGUGAAAGACUAUGUGGUGGCCUCCUAUCAGGCGACUCACAACAUGAUCAAAUCCCAUGCUGAGGCCUGGCAUGUCUACAAUGAGAAGUACAGGAAGACACAAGGAGGCAGAGUGGGCAUUGCAUUGAACUCUGACUGGGCUGAACCCCUGGACCCCUCCAGACCAGAAGACAUCGCAGCUGCAGAUCGCUACCUACAGUUCAUGCUGGGCUGGUUUGCACAUCCCAUAUUUGUCGAUGGAGAUUAUUCUGCAGCAUUCAAGACUCAAAUUGAACAGAAAAGAAAAGAGUGUCCUCUCUCUGAACCUGCAAGACUCCCAGUCUUCACAGCUGAAGAGAGGAAGAGGAUACACGGAACCGCUGACUAUUUUGGAUUAAACCAUUAUACCUCCCGGUUAGUCAACAACAGUGCUGGUGGCUGCACCCCUGGUCCUCAGGGUGUUGGCAACUUCCAGUCACACGUAGAUCCCUCAUGGUCCUCAACAGCUUCUGACUGGAUAUAUUCUGCACCUUGGGGUCUCAGAAGGCUUUUAAACUACAUUUCCAUAGAGUAUUUGAACAUGAUCAAAGUGCCAAUCCACAUUACUGGGAAUGGUAUGCCUACUGAGCACAUUGGGGACUUGGGGAAUGAUGUCAGUAGAAUAGACUAUAUGAAGAGUUACAUCAAUGAGGCCCUUAAAGCUAUACAUUUGGAUGGGGUAAAUGUGCAGCGGUUUACUGUCCAGUCACUCAUGGAUGGUUUUGAAGGUCCACAAGGCUACAGUGAACGUUUUGGAUUGCACCAUGUCAACUUUGACCUGCCUGACAGGCCCAGGACUCCAAAGCAGUCUGCCUACUUUUACUCCUCAGUUAUUAAGAAUAAUGGGUUUGCUGCAAAAAAACUGUUUUUUUAUGCACCAGAACUGAAAAACACAGAGUCAAAACAAAAUACCUCAAUCCCCCCUUCCACCGUCCCAUCCAAAGCCAGGGUUGUUUGGAGGAAGUUCUCCAGCCAAACCAAUUUCCAGAGAAAACUCUACCACUACGGCACUUUCCCACAAGGCUUCAGUUGGGGAGUAUCAUCUUCGGCCUACCAGAUUGAAGGUGGCUGGAAUGCUGAUGGGAAGGGGCCCAGCGUCUGGGAUACAUUCACCCAAAAUGGCAAUAUUCCUGAUAAUGCUAAUGGAGAUGUGGCCUGUGAAAGCUACAACAGACUUGAAGAAGACUUCUACAUGCUGCGUGCUCUGAAGGUGAAGUCGUACAGAUUCUCUUUGUCCUGGUCCAGGAUAUUUCCUGAUGGUCAGCGUACAUCUCUGAACCAGAAAGGUGUUGACUAUUACAAUAGACUCAUUGAUGGCCUCUUAGCAUAUAGCAUCACUCCCAUGGUGACACUUUACUACUGGGACCUUCCUGAAGCUUUGCAAAAACUUGGUGGCUGGGACAAUGUAGAGAUGAUUAACAUUUUUAACGACUUUUGUGACUUCUGCUUUGCCACCUUUGGCGACAGAGUGACAUUCUGGAUGACCUUCAACCAGCCUCAUACAAUUGCGUGGUCAGCAUAUGGACUUGGACAGGUCCCACCCAAUGUUACAAAUCCAGGAAUUGCACCAUACAGAGUUGCACACAACCUUAUAAAGGCCCACGCCAAGGCUUACCACACAUAUGAUGAUAAGUAUCGUGCAUCCCAAGGUGGUCUUAUAUCCAUUGCCGUUAAUGCUGAUUGGUUUGAAACUAAAGAUGUUAAUGUUCCUCGUGAAGUGGUGGCUGCUGACUCUGCUCUGCAGUUCCAAUUAGGUUGGUUUGCACACCCUAUUUUCAAGAACGGUGACUAUCCUGAUGCCAUGAAAUGGCAAGUUGGAAACAAAAGUGAGCUCCAAGAUCUUAAAGAGACAAGACUACCUUCAUUCACUGAAGAAGAAAAGAUGUUCAUCAAGGGAACUGCUGACAUGUUCUGUGUAAAUCAUUACACUACAAAGAUAGUAAGCCAUGAUACUGCCCGGCUUAGCCCUCAAUCAUAUUUAUAUGACCAGGACUUGUCAGAAGCAGAGGAAAGUGAUUCACCAACUACUGCAGGCGCUAAGCAGAGAGCUGUCGCAUGGGGCUUAAGGAGACUGCUCAACUGGAUCAAAGAGGAGUAUGGAGAUCCAGAGAUUUACAUUACAGAGAAUGGAGUAGCUACAGACAUUAUGACUACAGUUGAUGACAUUGACAGAGUAUUUUACUACAAAACCUAUGUUGAUGAGGCUUUAAAAGCUCAUAAUCUUGAUGUUGUGAAGGUAAAAGGAUACAUAGCAACAUCUCUCAUGGAUUCCUUUGAGUGGCUCAAUAGGCCGCCUAAUGGGUACAAAGUGGGAUUUGGGCUCCACCAUGUGGACUUCACUAACCCAAUCAAACCCAGGACACCCAAACGCUCUGCUCACUAUUAUUAUCAAGUCAUAAAGGACAAUGGCUUUCCAUUACCAGAUGACGAGAAGAUACUUUAUGGAGAGUUUCCAAAAACGUUUAAUUGGAGUACUGCCAGUGCCUCAUUUCAGAUUGAAGGAAGCUGGAGGGCCGAUGGAAAAGGACUGAGUAUAUGGGAUGAGUUUGCCCAUACUCCGUUGAAAGUGUUCAACAGUGACAAUGGCGACAUUGCUUGUGAUAGUUACAACAAGAUUGACAAGGAUGUGGAGGUGUUAAAGAAGUUGAAGGUGACCCACUAUCGCUUCUCUGUAUGCUGGCCCAGAGUGCUCCCUGAUGGGACCACCAACCACGUCAAUGAAGCUGGAGUGAACUAUUACCAUAGAUUACUGGAUGCCUUGGAAGCUGCUAAUAUUCAGCCCCAGUUGACCCUGUACCACUGGGACCUUCCCCUAGCUCUACAGAAGGUGGGGGGCUGGGAAAAUGAAACCAUUGUCCAGAGGUUCAGAGGUGAUGCCGAUCUUUUAUUUAGCCGAUUUGGACAAAGGGUGAAGUUCUGGAUCACUCUAAAUGAACCCUACAUUGUAGCCAACCUUGGCUACGGAUAUGGUACAUUUGCUCCAGGUAUUUUCAAUAGGCAGUAUAUUGCUGCUCACAACCUUAUCAAGGCCCACGCUGAGGCAUGGCAUCUGUACAAUGACAAGUACCGUGCAACACAGGAAGGCAUCAUCUCGAUUACCAUCAAUUCUGAUUUGGCAGAGCCAAGAAACCCAUAUAAGCAGGAGGAUGUAGAUGCAACCAACAGCUACCUGCAGUUUUUCAUCGGCUGGUUUGCCCAUCCAAUCUUCAGAGGCGACUAUCCUGAGUUAAUGAAAACAAUUAUUCGUGAAAGAAGCCUUGCUGUAGGUCUCCCUGAAUCACGGCUUCCUGAGUUUACACCUGAGGAAAUCAAGAGGAUCAAUGGGACCCAUGAUUACUUUGGCCUCAACCACUACUGCUCCGUUCUUUCAUACCCAGUUCAUUUAGGAAAACAGCAGGAUUAUGAAGGUGACAGGGGCACCGGAGCCUCCCAUGACCGCACCUGGAUUGAGUCUGGCUCCUUCUGGCUAAAAAUCACUCCAUUUGGAUUUAGGAAACUCCUCAAAUGUAUUAAGGAUGAGUAUGGAAACCCACCUAUCUAUGUCACAGAGAAUGGGGUCUCAGAGCGAGAAGUGAACUUGAAUGACGUCCACAGGAAGUACUUCUAUGAACAAUAUAUCAAUCAAGCCCUUAAAGCCCAGGUUCUUGACGGAGUUGAUCUAAGAGGAUAUACAGCCUGGUCGUUAAUGGACAACUUUGAAUCGGCCGCUGGCUAUGUGGAGCGAUUUGGGCUUUUCUUUGUGAACUGCUCCGACCCCACCCUUCCUCGCAUCCCUAAAAACUCAGCUUCUCGCUAUGCCUCUAUCAUCACCUGCAAUGGCUUCCCAGAUCCAGCCCUCGGGCCUCAUGAGUGUUUGAACCCUGAAGGUAACGUCAUGCCCCAUACAACUGCCGCUAUUCUGCCCAUGUCCAUGUUGGACUUCUUGGGUCUGGAGCUUUCAACUCAUGAUGCAGAAGUUGCACUCCAUGUGAUUUUUGCAUUUCUUCUUAACACAAUGACCUCUGGCUAUAAAACCAUGACAGCCUGGAGGAGCAGUAGGAAAUGCCCCUGCAUGUUUCUCUCACUCAAUAACAUGAUCCACACAAACAGCUCUUCCCUGAAAAGAGGCUCGCAGGGCAUCAUCUCUGCACCCCUGCUAGGAUACCUGCGUCUGGUCUCCAGGGCGACCCGUCCUCCCAACAGGAUGGAGGCAUUAAUACGCGACGGGGGUCUGUUCCGCAUGCUCUCCCCUGCUCGCGCCUCAACAGCUCCGAUCAACAAGGGGUCUGCUCAAUAUCUGAAAACCCCAGGAGUCUGUCAGGAUGGAGUAUGA